AUGCUGGGGUGGCUGCUGGCGGCGCUGGCCGCCCUGGCGCACGGCGGCACCGUGGCAGCCCACGAAGUCUCCUGCUGGAAGAAAUGCAGCACCCCCAAGCUUUUCCACUGCUCCUGGCCGCCUCUCGGCCCCGCCGGCAGCACCUCCUACGUCCUGAACUUCUGCUCUGAGAGGCGCAGCCGAUGCCGCCGGUUCCAGGUGGGCACGGUGACCAACUACAGCCCCCCGCAUGGCCAAGUGUACAUCUUAGAGAACACCACGGCCUGGGUGGAGGCACGCUGGGGAGACCAGGUCCGCAGGACCCCCAACCACACCCUUUACCUCAACAAGGCUGUCAAACUGGAUCCACCUCCUACUGGGAUGCUUUUCUCCAAGACUGGUGGCCUGCUGAGAGUGCAGGUGCCACAGCCACAGUGCCGUGGCCUGGAGCAGCCACCACAGCAUGAGGGUCGCUUCUGGAGGGUGGGAGACAGCGGCUGGACACAGGUGACAUGUGAGACUGUGAUGGCGACAGGUGGAAAUGUCUCAGUGACCUGUGCCCUGGGGGUCAAUGGCACUUUCGUGGUCCAGCUCAGGCAAAAGUUUCCCCACUGGAGCAGCUACUGGAGUGACUGGAGCAGUAACAUCUCUGUUCCUGAGGAAAUCCUGGGGAGCCCAGUGCUGAGCCAUCAGCUGGGCAAACUGGGGAGAGAUGGGCAGCGGGUGCUGAGGCUGAGCUGGCAGCAUCCCCCAAGUCACGCCCUUUUCCAGCCAGUCCUCAAGGAGCAAAGGGAUGUCACCUACAAGCUGGACGUCCACAUGUUGGCGUGUGGCUGUGCAGAGUCAGAUGAGGAGGACACUGUGGAGCUGCGCUGGGAGGAGACAGAGCACAACCUCACCCUGUCGGGGGCUGAAUACGAAAUCCUGCUGUCCGCGGUCAAUGCCGCGGGGCCGGGGCCGGCGCAGCAGCUCCGUGUGCCGGCAGAGCAGCGUGCGGAUCUCAGCUUCAAGGAGAUCAGCGUGGCCGGAGGCACCGUGACUGCGCAGUGGGAAGCGCCGGUCCCUGGCGAUGCCUUCUGCUUCGAGCAGCAGACACUGCCAGGGCCUCCCAAACAGGGAGUCUGCAUCCUGCAGGAAUUCCCUGCCAACAGCAGCCACGUGCAGAGAGGAGCGCUGGGAGCGCCGGGCUGUCACCGCCUGGCCGUGCACGGCUGGGACGAGGAGCGCGGCUGGGCCACCUUCGCCCUGUGGCACCGCUACAACAGCAACGAUUCGCUGGUCGUGCCCAUCAACAUCAGCACGGGAGAUGUCGCAGUUGUCCUCCAGUGGACACCGUCCCCACGUGCCGCCUGUCCCGGCGCGCUGGCCAAGUACCUCAUCUGCCACUCGGCCGAGGGGGACAACGUGACCUACAGCGAAGUGAAUGCCACGGCAUCAAACUACACCCUCCAAAACCUCCAGCCUGGCACAGCCUACAGGGUGGGUGUUUGGGAGGUGACAGAGGACAGCGAGGGGACCUGCAGCGCUUGGUGGCGCUUCCAGACCAAGGCGCUGGGUUCCCAGGGAGAAGUGUGGAGAGGCAAUCUGAAGUACCUGGGCAUCUCGCUUGGUCUCCCCGCUGCAGCUGCCGUCUACCACCUGACCAAAAAGAGGGCUCGCCGUCUCCUCUUCCCACCCCUUCCCAAGCCCAUGGGCAGCAAAGCCAUCCAGUUUUCGGCCGACGAGAUGAGCCAGGUGAGGUGUAAGGGCCAGCCCCGGAGAGGCCUCCUGGAGCCCGUGGAGAGGUUCGACCCAGCCGAGCUGCUGAUGUUGGAGCCGGAUCCCAGGGAGGAGACGACAGACACGGGCACCCAGGCUGCGGUGGCCGAGCCCGACGUGCCGCAGCCCGGCCCCGCGCUGGAACAGCCCCCGGCAGCGCUGGUGUCCCCGCCGGGCUGUGGGGACGAGCUGCCCUUCGCCUACCGCAGGCAGGACAUGCGGAGCCCGCUGGGAUCUCCAGCCUCCGGCAGCACCAGCUGCACCGAGCACCCACCCGGAGAGAAGGAGGAGGAGGAGGAGGAGGAGGGAAGGCAGGGGCUGCACCAGCCGCUGCUCCCCAUUGCCCUGCUCAUCUCCGACAAACCCAUCAUCAUCAGGGAUGAGGAAGGACGCGAUCCCUCGCCGUAG